AUGCAGCAGCUACUCUUCAUGGGGUCCUUGGUGGUACAGGAUGAGGAGACACUGCUCCUGUGUGGUCGUGGCUCUCUACAGGAGACUAUAGGGCCAGGAGGUUCAGGGGGGUACAGGGGUGACAGUCAGCCAGGCAGAGCUCCUCUCGGCAGCUCAGUGGACACUACAGAGAGUGUUAAGUGGGGGAGAUUCGAGCCACAGAGCUUAACACAGGUGCUAGUGCAGCAGAGCACACAGGGGUGUGAGAUUCUGGAGCAGCAGAGGGAUGAGGCCAAUCAGAAGCUGAAAGAGAUAGAGGAAGGAGAUGGAUGUUGUAGAGCUGCAGUUCCAGAUCGAACGCUCAUGCAGAGAGAGUGCAGAGGCCCUCACUGUCAAGUUGUGGUGUAUUAUGGUUACUGUAGUUCAUCAUGCGACAGCGUUGGAACUCCAAAGAAUGUCUCAAUGAUGUCAUCCACUAAACCAGUGACCAAAGAGAACAAGGUUCUGAAGAGGAGAAGCCAGGCUCUGCUGCCACUCAUCUCUGAGCUUCCUAAAAACAUGGCCACCAUGACCUUUAACCUGGAGUCUGACCAGGGGAUGGACCCCAUACUGAAGAAACUGUCCAAGCAGAACAAGAACAUGAAUAAGAUGAAGAGAGUGUCCCAGCUUGUGACAGAGGAUUUCACAGAGAUCACUCAGAAACUGGAGCUGGCACAGUGCCUCAGACAGCAUGCAGAGGUCUUCGCCCACCAGGUGUUGGUGAAGCAGAAGGAGACCCAGAGACAGAGCAUGGCGCUGCAGCAGAGUUCAGAGACCAGUCUCCAGCUCCAACAGGCUCUGGAACAGGUGGCCCACAUCAGCAGUACCCUACAGGACAUGCAGCGCUACUACCGAAACCAGUCCCCUUGUUGUCCUGCGCAACAAGAGGAAGGAGUCAGCCAACAACACUGAUAAGAAUAGUCGGAUCAGAAGAUGACCGUGCCUGGAGGGACCAGAGGAUUGAGAAGAGAAAGUCAGCUGUGCUGGAGCUGAAAGGAAUGUUGGACACCAUAAAGCACCAAGGCCACAGGAGGGCAUGGUCACGGAAUAGGUUCAGCCGAAACGUGUGGGAGGCAGAGCUACAGAUUGUGCUAUAGAGAAGGAGACGGGCCAUGUCGGACGGACAGGACACCUCCAGCUCCGCCCUCUCCACUGCCACAACCCCUACCAAAAUACAAGGCCCCCAGCACGGCGGCCCAGCAGCAGGAGCACUUCCCUGGGCAGGACAGCACCCCUGUGCUCCGGAGGCUCCAGCAAAACAGAGAGAAGAGGAACUCCCGUAUCAGAGCAUCAGAACGGAUCAUCUGCCAGGAGGACAUCUGAGAGUUGGGAAAAGGGAUGACUAGUGUUGGGAUACUGUACCACAGUGUUUCCCAAACGUCUCCUUGAGUAGCCCCAGCCAGUCCACAUAUUUGAUGUAGUCCAGAACUAGCACAGCUGAUUCACCUAAUCAUCAGCCCCUCAUUAGUUAAAUCAGUGGUGCUAGUUCUGGAAUAUAUCAAUAUGGACUGGCUGGGGUUACUCAAGGAGAGGAUUGGGAAACACUGCUGGACCACAAUCAUACAGAUAUACUGUAUAUUAUAAUGGCUAUUUUAAUGUAUACAUGUCUAUGGUAUACAUAUGUUCUAUUGGAGAACCUUUACCUGUAAUAAUAACUCAAAUGUGAGUGGCUUGGGUUAAGGCUUAACCUUAAUCCUGGUCCUGGGGACCCAAAGGGGUGCACAUUUUUGUUUUUGCCAUAGCAGUAUACUCCUGAUUCAAAUAAUCAAAGCUUGAUGAUGAGUUGAUCAUUUGAAUCUGCUAUGCAGUGCUAGGGAAACAAAAAUAAUUUGGACCCCUUUGGGCCACCAAAUCCAGGAUUAAGAAACACUGGGUUAAGGGUAGUAAGCCAAUAACAAAUACAUUUCUGUGGCAGUACAAAUGGACAAGGAUAUUCUACUUAUGCUGGGUGUGAGAAAUACUUGAAUGGCAAUUUGCCCCUUUUUGAAUAAACCAUCCAUUAAUUUAUCUCAUUCACAUUCAACGUUGCAACGAGAACAGCAAAGAGAGUGAAGAAUAUGAUUCUGCAUUGAUGCUUUAUCGUGGAAUUCUUGGUGCAUAAUUGUCCUGAUGCUCUGAAUAUUUGUGUAUUUUUGUAUAGGGGUCACUUCACUCUAAUACCUGCCAUGCUUCAGCUAUGUAAAAAAUACUUCAAAGAGGAAAUAAUACAAUAUUUUAUUCACAUCACGCCUCAGUUGCCAUUUGCAAAUGGAAAGCACACAUACAGUACCAGUGAAUGAAAAAUACAUAUACCACCACCAAAUGAUUUCUACUGUUUCUUUUGAAGAGUGGAAAGCUACCUUUCCUCUCAUUCUGCGCUCUGGACCUCCUUGUAGCUGGAGACCUAGCGCCUUAGUUAGCUCACACAACAGAGGAAUGGAGUUGGCAGCCAUUUAGGCACUUCAUAUACUUGCGUUGCCAAGGUGUUGUCGAGCUAAGAGCACUCAGGUGAUCUUAAAGGUCCUCCAGCUUCUGAAAGUGUCUGAAAUGGAGGCUGGAUGGAUGGCACCUUCUUGAGUUCACACUUCCACACAACCCUGCUCUUUGUUAAAAGCAUUUGAAAAGGGGGGGAUUACUUUCACACUUUAACUCGGACACCAUUUUAGUGUCUGCUGCACGCUGUUCUCUCAUUAUAUAUUUAUUAAAUUUAGCUCCUUUACUAGAAAGGUCUGCUUUUCACUUUCAGCAUAUAUUAUUCAUUUAUUUUUUGCCCCACAAUCUCAAAGGUGUAGGUUUUUUAAAUAAUGUUGCUACACCUCUCUGUGUAGG